UAACGUCUGUGUUGUUUAUUUCGUCAUACCUUAGCUAGGGUUAGCUAUUUCCCUUCUGUCAGUUGUUUUGUGGGAGAGGCAUUUACAGUUCAACUGGUAGACAUUUAUGGUCAAGGCAAAUCUGACAUUUAAGAGAGGAAAGUAAUCGUGAACAGACACAGGGCUGCAUCAGCUGAUGUGACACAACCACUGGCAAUGAGCAGUAACAGCCACCCCUUACGCUCUAUGGGCUCCGUGUCGGAGAUCGACCAUGUUCAUCUUCUAUCGGAACAGCUUGGUGCGCUUAUACCAGGCGAAGAGUACAGUGAUGUAACUUUCGUCGUUGAGGAAAAGCGUUUCCCUGCACAUCGUGUGAUACUUGCAGCACGAUGCCACUAUUUCAGAGCACUGCUGUAUGGUGGUAUGAAGGAGUCCCAGCCUCAAGCCGAGGUGUGUCUGGAAGAGACCCGAGCAGAGGCCUUCUCCAUGCUUCUCAAUUAUCUCUAUACAGGGCGAGUCAGCCUCAGCGCCACUCGGGAGGAAGUGCUGCUAGACUUCCUAGGUCUAGCACAUCGCUACGGCCUCCAGCUUUUGGAAGACUCCACAUCUGAUUUUCUGCGUACCAUCUUGAAUACUCACAAUGUCUGUCUGGUGUUUGAUGUGGCGACGCUGUACUCUCUAAGCGCACUCAGUGCAGCCUGCUGUGCGUACAUGGACCGGCAUGCCUCAGAGGUCCUUGCUUCAGACGGUUUUCUAACGCUCUCAAAGGCAGCCUUGUUGAUGGUGGUCCGGCGGGAUUCAUUUGCAUCCAGUGAGAAGGAGAUCUUCCAGGCCUUGUGUCGCUGGUGUCGCCAGAACGGAGAAGGAGAGGCCACGCAAGAAGUGAUGUCAUCAGUGCGACUGCCACUUAUGACCCUGACAGAGAUGCUGAACGUGGUGCGGCCCUCGGGCCUGGUCAGCCCUGAUGACCUGCUUGAUGCCAUAAAGAUGCGUUCAGAAAGCAGGGAUAUGGACUUGAACUACCGCGGCAUGCUCAUUCCCGAGGAGAAUAUUGCCACAAUGAAGUACGGUGCCCAGGUGGUGAAGGGGGAACUGAAGUCAGCAUUGCUGGAUGGAGACACUCAAAACUAUGACCUCGACCACGGUUUCUCCAGGCACCCAAUCGAAGAAGAUGGCCGGGCAGGGAUCCAGGUGAAGCUCGGCCAAGCCUUCAUCAUCAACUACAUCCGCAUCCUGCUGUGGGAUCGUGACAGCAGGUCAUACUCAUAUUACAUAGAGGUGUCUAUGGAUGAGCUGGACUGGGUUCGAGUGGUGGAUCACUCAAAGUACCUUUGCCGCUCUUGGCAGAAUCUCUACUUUCCUCCUCGUGUGUGCAGGUAUGUGCGCAUCGUAGGAACACACAACACUGUAAACAAGGUCUUCCAUCUGGUGGCCUUUGAAUGUAUGUACACCCAGCACCCCUUCACACUGGAGAAUGGUCUUCUUGUCCCCAGUGAAAACGUGGCCACUAUUUCUGCGUGUGCCAGUGUGAUUGAGGGGGUGAGCCGCAGCAGGAACGCACUGCUCAAUGGGGACACACGCAACUAUGACUGGGACUCGGGCUAUACAUGCCACCAGCUAGGCUCUGGUGCCAUAGUCAUCCAGCUCGCUCAACCAUAUGUGGUGAACUCAUUGCGCUUGUUGUUGUGGGACUGUGAUGAGCGUUCCUACAGUUACUACACUGAGGUCUCCACCAAUCAACAGCACUGGACUAGAGUAGUGGACCGUACCAAGGUGCCAUGCAGAUCCUGGCAGACACUGAAGUUUGACAAGCAGCCAGCGUCUUUCAUCCGUAUAGUGGGGACACACAAUACUGCAAACGAGGUUUUCCACUGUGUGCACUUUGAAUGUCCUGCUCAGCUGGACACUGAAGUAAGAGAAGGAAGCCCAGGAAACAGCUGGCCUGAGCCCAGCCCUUCCCCCCAACAGACCCAACCCCCUCGACCCUCCCGUACUCAUAGUUUGCUUCCCUCCCAGGCCUCCUCUUCAUCAUCAUCCUCCUCCUCCUCACCUGCACAGCACUGAGCGGACACUGCUCCAGAGGCCCAUAGAGAAAUGGAGAUAUUCAAAGCACAACUGUGCAUAAUCUUGUGAGCCUUGUGUUGCCAUGGAUAUGUCAUACGCUGCUAAUGUUUUUCUUAGUGCAAAUGCUGUGGUGAGAGAGCUUGUAUCAAGAGCAGCUCAAGUUAAUCUCUGGGCCUGAAAAUGCUAAAUUAUAGAUAAUCCUAUUUCACCCAAGGAGUGAGAAAUGUAUGCUCAGUUGAAUAGUACUUAGGUAAUGGCUUGGCAUUUAUAUCUUGGGGCAUUUAACAGGUAAUCUAGUCAAUAUGGGAUGAGAGGUUCAGUUCCCCCCAAAGAUUUCUUAAUGCAUUUUUGUGUUGUAACAUUCAGACAGCAAAAUGUAUUCAGUUAUGAUUAGGAAGCAGCCAUUGUCUUAACUCUGUUAUUGAAAUCUUCAGAUUUUUAAAAUUGGUUUAUCUUUGUUGUGGUCUUAUUUAUUAGAGAAUAUUGUCAUUUAGAUAUUGUGUAUGUGAUUACUUAUUACAUUUCUAAAACACUUAAAAUGUUAUAUUUAUUCAAAUGGAUUGUUUGUUGCACAUUUACAUAUUGUGGGUUUGUGUAUGUUUCUUUCAAAACUCAGUAUUUCAGCAUUUGCUUUAGAAUACUAAGUGACUUUCCUCGAAAUCAAGUUGCACUUUUGGGAAGUGAAGUGGGCUUAAGCAGUGCAUCAGAAUUAAUGUAAUAGAAUUAACAUAUGAAUUUCUCAACCACUGGUUGGUGCUUGUUAAAAAUUUCAUUCAGCGAGUGAAUGGUGAAUGUAUUGCUCACUUAGUAAAGAGUAAGCUGCCUCUUUAUGUGCAUUUAGAAUUUAGUGUGCUGCAGUCCGCUGAGAAUAAUGCUAUAUUGUGUCUUCUGUAUUUUUCUAGUCUUCCAAGUUUGGACGUGUAGAAAAUUGGAACGCUUGAUUGAUAUUAAGCCGUUUCUUGCGCACUGGCAUGGUCCCUUCCCCUGCCUUUUAUUUAGUCAUGUCAUCUGUAUUUAAGAUAGAUAUUAAAUGCAGGCGUUUUGUAGGACAGGGUGCAUGUUUUUUCCCCGAGUGAUCUGGAACUAAUUCCGCGUUUUUCAAGGCUGUGCAUGUGCAUUUCCAUUUAUGUUACUCUUAACGUGAAUAAAAUUCAUUUUUCAAAAUUGUA